AUGGCCAUGCAGGGUGUUGUGGUUUCUAGCUCUGAGUCACCUGCUACUCUAGUACUUGAGGUCUCUGUCUCAGCAGCUCUUGAUGUUAGCACUUCUACUUCUGUCUUAGCGACCGCACCUACUCCCGCACCUACUCCGGAGGAUCCUGUUGUGGCGACUGAAGCUACUCCUACUCCUGGUGUCAGUGCACCUGCUCUAGAGGAUGCUGUUGUGGCGACCGUACCUACUCCUUCUCUUGCUAUUAGUGCGCCUACUUUGGAGGAUCCUAUUGUGGCGACCGCACCUACUUCCUCUACAAGACCUUUGUCUCCUGACUUCGAUGCAAUCUCUACUUCUAACAAGGCUGAGCACGACUCCAGUUUCGACUCCUAUUCCAGGUUCGAGGAUGAAGUAAUGAUGGCUGAAUCAGUACAAGAUGGAAAUGAACCAAAGUCUGCUACUGAAGCUGUUUCUCAAAUUCUGCAAUCCAGUACAUUUCUUCAAAAUGGGGGCCUUCAGUUAGCCUCCAAGAAAAGCUCCAAAGGUGGCCAAGAGUUGGAUACCUUGAAGAAGCAGACACAAGAAUCAGAAACAUCAAUGAAAAACCAGUCAGAAGAGUUUGAUAGUUUGAAGAAGACUGCUUAA